CACCAAGUAUAAUUUUCUUUAGCAGGAGCUUAAAAAAAUGGCGAUCCCAACGCAGCUGAAACUCUCCUUCGUCCUCCUCUUAUCUCUCUCCAUCGUCGCACUCGCCGAUGAAGAAGAUUGCGUUUAUUCGCUCUACAUAAGAACUGGAUCAAUAAUCAAAGGCGGGACCGACUCCAUCAUCAGUUUAAAACUCCAAGACGGCUUCGGCGAGUUCAUCGAGAUCAGCAACCUCGAAACCUGGGGCGGGUUAAUGGGGCCAGAGCACAACUAUUUCGAGAGGGGCAAUCUGGACAUCUUCUCGGGUAGGGGACGUUGCUUGCCUUCCCCUGUGUGUUCCAUGAACUUAACCUCGGAUGGGUCGGGUCCAGGCCAUGGAUGGUACUGUAACUACGUGGAGGUCACCGUCGCCGGCGUCCAUUCCCCUUGUAGCCAGCAGCAGUUCACGGUGGAGCAAUGGUUGGCGCUCGACACCUCACCCUACAACCUCACCGCCAUCAGGAACAACUGUCCCUCGGAGCUUCCUGUUGUUGUCUAGCACUGCACUACCACGUGAUGAGUCUUUAUUAUGUACGUUGGAAAACCUUUAAAUGUAUUUUCAUGGUUGGAUCGCUCAUAAAAGAUGAUUGGUGAACUUAUUUUUGAGUGAUUUACU